AUGUCCUCACUGUGGGGCACGAGAAACAAGAAGGACGAUGAUGAUGCUCCGGAGGGACCUCCCGAGGAACGGGGGUCAAACGAGUAUCCGGCGCGGGGACCCGACGAACACACCCGCCUGCUUCCGAACCGACUCGACAGCGACAACAGGCAGUUCCUGACGCCUGACGAUCCAGCAGUGUCACCGUACAAUCUCUGGACGGUGCGGGUGAUGCGAUGGGCAACAGUGCUCUUCACAGCCCUUACUUUUACGUGGUGGACUCUCACUUUGGUUUCCGUUUUUGUCACGCCGCCUGGCAUGCACACUCGCGGAUCGGGCUUCCAAGCCUUCAGCUAUUCGAGUCUGGCACUCUUUACCCUACUGUUUACCCUCGUCUUCUUCGGCGUACCGUCUAAGGCCGUCCGCAUUUUGUCUAUCUUCAUGGCCUUCAUGCUAUUUGUCGAUAUGAUUCUCAUCCUCGCCGUGCAGAAGAACCGCUACGAAGAGACGGGCGUCGGGGUUGCCAGUGUCGUCUGGGCUUUCCUCAUGAGCUUGUGGGCACUGACUUGCGACCGAACCGUGAAAUGGGGCAAGGCAGAAGAAGAGGAGCGCUUGACCGGCCGAGUCGAGACGAGACGUACGGUCUGGGAAUGGACCGAGGUGCUCAUCUCCACCGUGGCCUAUGUGAUCCUCUCCGUGGUCAUCGUUUUGAUCACGGCCACUCUCAUUCUCCGAUCUCUGGAUGCUGGAUUUGGCCCGCCGGGUGAGCAGUACUGGGUGGACGGAGACCAGUACCGGAUCCAUGUUUACUGCGACGGUAAUGGCACCGAUGCCGCAGGCACCAAGCUACCUACUGUUUUAUUUGAGGGCGGCGACCUGCCAGUUGAGAACGGACUCUGGCAGUUCGCGCAAAAUGCAUUGAAGAAUGGAUCGAUUUCGAGGUACUGCUUUGCCGACCGCCCAGGGUACGGAUGGAGCGACACUGCACCUAGUCCGCUCUCGGCCGGCAUGGCAACUGAUGCGUUGAGCGAGGCUCUCGCACGAGCCGGCGAACACGGUCCUUGGGUCCUGGCGAGCGCCGGCAUUGGUUCCGUCUACUCUCAGAUCUUCUCCUCUCGGCAUGGCAGAGAGGUUAACGGUCUCCUCCUCAUCGAUCCUCUCCACGAAGACCUCCUACAUCGUAUCUCGGACUCAGGCAGAGGGUUCAUGUACUGGCUGCGUGGCGUUCUUUCCCCUCUCGGACUCGAACAUCUGCCAGGUGCCGUUUUCAAAGGGCGAACGAGCGCGGAUCGUGUCUGGGGCCGAUCUGCCAGACAGGGUGGAAAGUAUCUUUUCACAAAGCUGCAGGAAAGUCUUGUGGCCGAUACUCUCACCAAGCGAGAGGUGAUCAGUAGUAAGGCGAUUCAAUACCCAGAUGCGCCUCUGGUCUUGAUCAGCUCUGGCGAAAACAUCCGGAAGGAUAGCGAAUGGGAGGACAAGCAGAGAGAUCUCAGCCAUUUGACGAGGAACUUGAAGCAUUGGGAUAUUGUCGACAAAGCGCCUCAUAAUGUGUGGGAGACACUUGAAGGACGCCAGAAGAUCGAAAAGAGGCUUCGCCAGAUGGUCCAUGCAUGA